UUGCCUUUCUCUGGUUUGACGUCAAUUAAUGACCGGACUUUGUACCUGAAAGACAGUUAAAACUAAAGGUAGCCGGGGAGGGAAAUCAUUUCCUCCUUGGAUUACCAAGCAAGAACAGCAAAAAUGAAAGCCGUCACUCAUCUUACUCUUCUUGCUCUCCUUUUUGUACACACAGCCACUGCCCAAGGCCACUCAGCUGAUACUUCAGGAAACACAGAAACUGCAACUAAUCCUACAGUAGCUACAACUGAUGCCACUGAAACUAAUUCCCCUGAAACUGCUGGCACCACGACUACACCUUCUUCCCCAACAGCUACCCCCAUAAUUCAUACACAUAGUUCCUCCACAAUUCCUACACCUACUACUACAGACAAUGAGUCAACCGCAAAUGCAAAUUCAUUAACUACAUCUGACAUAAUCACCACUUCAUCUACAAAUGAUGGAUCAAUCACAACGGCUCCUUCUGAAACACAAAGUGACAAUAAAAUGUCCCCCACCACAAAAGACAACCAAUUAUCAGAGUCCCCCACUGGCAUCACUUCACUGGAGACCAGCACCCUAAACACCACAGGUCCCAGCAAUCCUUGCCAAGAUGAUCCUUGUGAAGAUAAUUCAUUAUGUGUUGACCUGCAUAAUACACGUUUUUGCCUGUGUUUAGAAGGGUAUUACUACAACUCUUCUACGUGUAAGAAAGGAAAGGUAUUCCCUGGGAUGAUUUUAGUGAACGUAUCAGAAACAUUUGAUCCAGAAAAGAAACAUUCUGUGGCCUAUCAAGAUUUGCAUAGUAAAAUUACUGACUUCUUUAAAGGUGUAUUUGGCACAUAUGUUUAUGGACAGACUGUAAUUCUUAAUGUAAGCACAUCUCCGCCGUCAAGAUCUGAAAUGCGUGCUGCUGACAAGAUUGUUAAUGUAACAAUAGUAACAAUUUUGACAGAAACCACAAGUGACAAUGAGAAGACUGUGAGUGAUAAAAUUAAUCAAGCAGUUGAAAACAGCUCAAGCGGCAUUCUAAGCUAUAAUUUGACCUCUAGGUGUGAUUAUUAUGGCUGUAAGCAGGCUGUGGAUGAAUGCAUCAAUGGUUUGGCAUGCGAUUGCAAACCUGGCCUGCAAAGGACUAACCCACAGAGCCCUUUCUGUGUUGCUUCCAGUCUCAAGUGUCCUGAUGCCUGCAACGCAGAGCACAAGGAAUGCUUAAUAAAGAAGAAUGGCGGGGCCCCUGAGUGUAUGUGCGUGCCCGGCUACGAGGAAGAUGGUAAUGGGAACUGCCAAAAGUGUGCAUUUGGCUACAGCGGACUCAACUGUGAGGACAAAUUUCAGCUGAUCCUCACUAUUGUGGGCACCAUCGCUGGUAUUGUCAUUCUCAGCAUGAUAAUUGCAUUGAUCAUCACAGCAAGAUCAAAUAACAAAAAGAAGGAUAUUGAAGAAGAGAACUUGAUUGACGAAGACUUUCAAAAUCUAAAACUGCAGUCGACAGGCUUCACCAAUGUUGGAGCAGAAGGGAGCAUCUUUCCUAAGGUCAGGAUAGCGGCCUCCAGAGACAGCCAGAUGCAAAAUCCCUAUGUAAGCCAGAGCAACGUGCCCCGCCCUGACUAUUAG